AUGGAGUCGCAGAUCAUCGCGGAGCACGCCGUCAUCUCGACGCGCGAGGCCAUGGCCGACAAGCUGCUGCAGCUGCGCGGGCUGGCGCGCGAGUUCGACGACCUGCAGGCCACGUACGACCGAGUGGUCGCCGAGCGGAAGGACGACUACGAGAAAGGAAGCGUGCAGGAGCUCAACUUCAAAAGUAGCCUCGAAAACUUGGUCACCAAGUUCGAGGACACGAAAAUCAUAUUACAACAGAAAAUUAAAAAACUCGAAAAUGGGCUGGAGCUGCUGCAGCGCUGGCAGCGCGCGGCGGAGGCGGCGCGCGGCUGGCUGCAGCGCCUGGACGCCUGGCUGCAGCAGCAGGACGUGCCGCUGGCGCAGCAGGACGCGCUGGAGCUGCUGCUUCAGCGCAGCAACCAAUUCGAGGAAGAGAAGCAGACGUACAAAGCCGAAAUAGACACAGUAGAAAGCACCAAAGAAUCGAUUCUCGAGGAUUGCGACGACGCCAUCGCUAAGAUGGUACAGAACGAAACGAAGAGUCUAGUGAAACGAUACGAGAGCGUCACGGAGAAGGCGUUCCGACUGAACGAGGAGCUGCGGAGGGGACUGGAGCGCACCGAGGCGGUGUUCCGCAAGAUAGCGGACAUGGAGGCCUGGCUGCAGGACCUGGAGGCUCAGCUGCCGGCCGAGCACGAGUGCCGCAUCACCGACUCCGCCGAGCUCUACCAGAUGAAGGCGCGCUUCCAGGCGCUCAAGGACAAGUGCGACGACCACACGCAGCAGUUCCGCAACCUCAACGACUGCAGCGGCGACAUGCUGGUGUCGGCGGGCGCGGCCGGUGCCGAGCUGGCGCGCCGCGUCACCAGGCUCAACGCGCGCUGGACGCACGUCACGCACGGCGUGUACGAGCGCUACAAGGUGCUGGCGGAGGCGUGGCACGAGAGCGGCGAGCUGCGCGCGUGGCUGACGCAGGAGCGCGCGUGGCUGGACGGUAGUAGUGUAGUAGUAGUGUACGAGCGCUACAAGUCAGUACCUGCAGUAGUCAGUGUCGCAGGGUGCUGGCGGAGGCGUGGCACGAGAGCGGCGAGCUGCGCGCGUGGCUGA